GUCUUUCUCUGUCUGGCUGCACUAUCUUGUGAAUUAUUUCCCGAAUAUUCAGCAUGGCACCACGUUUCGGUACCACGCUCUUGAACCUGGGGAAUCUGAAUCUUCAACCCCUACCCACUCGUUCGCCCCAUGCUCCAAGUCCAGAGGACGAUGAGCUUCAAGUAACACAAAAGCCGUGGUAUCAUUACAUGCCACUAUGUAUGGCCGUGGUCCUCCUGUUAGCGCCACAUCCGUCGCUGCUCUAUGUCUUCAUUCAUUAUCACUUUUUCGUUCUGAACUCGCCUGUUCGAUUUGGAAUUCAUCUCUUCGCGACAUACACGCUUACUUUCCUCGCUUUCUGUUCACUUAUUGUGUGUAUCGCACGCGACCCUGGCCCCGUACCGGACCCAAAGACCGACAUCGAACCUGAACGUCGGCACAGUAUCAGCACUAGCCACACAAUAGCCGAAGAGGAAGAGGAGGACGAGGAUGGAGAGGAAGUCAGUUUGACUGAGGCGUUGAUGGGACCACCAGUGAGGGAGGAGGAAGAAGAGGAAGAUGACGAUGAUUAUACGAAGCCGGGGAGGUGGUGUAGGGUGUGUUGGAGGCCGAAACCGGAGAGGACGCAUCAUUGUAGUCAGUGUGGAAGGUGUGUGUUGAAGAUGGAUCAUCAUUGUCCUUGGAUGGCGGGGAAAUGUAUCGGUCAUCGAACGUAUCCCUCUUUCCUGCAUUUCCUCCUCUGUGUCACCUUAUUCGCCGCCUACGUCGCUGGCGUGAGCAUCGAGGGUAUCGUAUUCUCCCUCAAUCAUCCCGCUGAUAUCGAGGAAAUGGUCCCCGUGCAUAUGAUUUUCUUGUCGUUCGCCGGCGUGGCAUUCUCGCUCGUGAUCGGCUCAUUUUUAUCUUAUCAUAUAUAUCUUGUCUCUUCCAAUCAAUCAACAAUCGAGAAUAUAUCGCCUUAUCUCCUUCUCCGCCACAUCCCCGCUGUUCCAGCGCCUCCUCUUCCGUUACUCACAACACCCACACCGCCCCACCCAUCAUCUCUUCCCUCCCCCACCUCACCCCCCGAUUCCACUCCCGAAACCUCACCCACAGUCUCCUUCAACUAUACUUCACACGUCAACUUCGCCUCCUCCACAUCUCCCUCUCCGACAGAAUCAACCCCAGACCACCUACACGCCCAGUCCCAGUCCCAGUCCCAGUCCCAGUCCCAAUACCCACCGCCCUACUCUUCCCACUCCUCUCACGCUCCGUACUCGUCCUAUUCGCCCCGAACAGCAACUCCAUCUGUCCCACCUUUCCGCCCCCCACUCUCGAAGUUGUCGAACCCGCCACAGGAGCAUGAGUUGAAUUAUGAGCAGAGGAGGUUAGUGAAGGAUGCGCAUUCUGCGAUUAAGAUGUUUGAUGUCGGAUGGAGGAAUAAUUGGGCGCAGGUCUUUGGGCACGCUUUCUCCUCUUCCUCGUCUCUACGUCGUAGAGGGUCUGGAGGUGGGUGGAAGGAUAAGACAUACGGUAGAGGAGGGAGUGGGAGACGAAGAGGUAGGAGUGGUGAUAGGGAGGACAGGAGAGGUGGGGAAGGGGUUGAACGUGGGGGAAUUGGUGCGUGGCGUUGGAAAUUCUGGAUUGGGAGGAUCGUGUGGGGUGGUGGGCCGAGUAUGGGGGAUGGGAUGAGGUUUCCGAAGAAUCCGAGGAAUGAGGAGAUGUUGGCACGGUUGGCUCUCGAGUUGAAUAAGCUUGAGAAGUAGGGGAGAGACACGAUGUGGGGUGUGGAGGCCGGGGGACGUUUCAAGUUUUGCGACUGCCCGUAUGGGAGGAUGGUAGGGGAGGGAGUUAGUGUGCAUACUUCCUUAUACCACUGGUAUUCAUCUUGACUUUAUUGUUUUCGGAUCGUCAUGGACUGUUACGAUGCACAUAUUCUUGUCUCAAGCUCGCUCUGUGGAUACAGUGUUUAUACCUACAUUUGCAUAUUUAACACAUAUAUACACUCGGACUCUUCUGGUGUUUGCUUGAUUGACUGUUUUGCAGUGCGUAUAUACAUGGACAUUGCUCUCGUACAGCUGUGGUAUGGAUUUGAUGUAUUUUUGCCGGGUAUUUUACGAUUGUACUGGGCCACGCUAAUGGGAUGACCGUUGGAG